GGUGACUGAGGUGCAGAGUCACUACCGUGGACACAAGAUGGCUCUCUGGCUGAACUUGAUCCAGCAACUCUUGAAUUCAGAGAAUGACUUCCUAAGUUACAGGGAGUUCGAGGGAGAUGAAGACAAUUUGUACGCUGGAGUGGUGAGGCCGAAGACCUUCACCCGGCCACCCACCCCGACCCCGACCGUGACUACCCCCCAGGGCCAGGAUUGUGUCUGGAAUACCACCUCUGUGGAAAGGCCGCUACCUCCACCUCUACAAGAUGUGUUCAGGUUGACCGGUCCCUGGGGUGUCACUUUCGCUAUCGGAUGUCUGCUACUUCUCUGCAAUCUCCUUCUGUUCGCUAGCGUGUAUCGCCGUCACUUCAGAACCAAGAACAGUUUCGAGCUGCGAUACCGAGCGGCUGCAGACGGAAGUUGUCCGGAGGAACGACUCAUCGCCAAGAGCCAGUCUGCUCCAGAACUCGCUACUACGUCUUUCCUCUCAGAAAGAACAUCGCCAAAAGUCUUGAAAAGGUCCCAAAACAAAUCCUCAGUUUAGGUAUCUGUUUCACUAUAGAGUAGCAAAACCUACAUUUAGGACUUUGAGACUGUUAAAUGUAAAUCAAUUAUUUUUUUAAAGAAUAAAAUGUCUUUUCAUUUAAUAAUUAGGUAAUAAUUACUGUGUUAUGUUUAUCUUAUUUUUAGACCAUACUUUUCUAGAAAGAUUGCUACUAAUUAAAAAAUGGUUUAAAUACAAAGUUGUAGAAUUUUUAUCUUUUUAAAAAAAUUGUAUUAAACUCAGUAACACGAAUGAAUAAAUUUUCUGGUAAACACUUACUACUAUGAGAUGGUA